AGCCAUUUUGGCUCAAGCACUUCCCUCCCAUGUGGCGCGUGGAUCGGACAUUGGCAAUGGUUGGGCCAAAGUGCGUGGCUCUUCUGUCCGUCGUGGGCGUGGUCUUGCACGGAGUCCGCUUGACAGAGCCAGCUCCGACGGAGCAGAUCUCAGCGGCUUCUACCGCAGUAGCAGGCACGACCGCUGAGCGACUGGCGAGCAGCACCAGCACCACUACCAGCAGCACGACCAGCAUCACUACCAGCAGCACGACCAGCAACACUGUCAAUGAGGGGCCCAGCACCACUACCAGCAGCACGACCAGCACCAGUGCCAUGGCAUCCGACCAAGUCGUCGUGAACAUCGGAUCAAGCUGGGAGAACCACAUGUGUGUAAACGCUACAUCAUCAGUCGCUUGUGACGUUGAGGCUGCCCAGCACGGAUCAAGGCUCAACAGAGGUUUCUCCGGGUCGACAGACACAUUCCAUGUGGUGGCGUAUGGCAGUCGAGUUUGCGUGAAACGUACCGACGACGCUGUGGGUGGAUGGGGUAUGAAUUUAACGAUCGGGUGUACGAGGUCGGCUGCGGCAGUCACCAGCCCGAUCACGAAUCCCAUACCGCGCCGAUAUGUGCAGGCGUGGCUUGAAGAGAUGUAUCCUAAACCAGAGCCGCAAUUGCUUCACGCGAGGCUAUCGUUCCAAGACACGUCGGCUUUUCCGGACAAGCCGUUGGUAUCCAUAGGUGCUAUGUGCGACUGGCUGUUUAUAGAGAACAUGGCUGGCCCGCGCUUCCCCCUGCAAUUCGUGAAGGUCCGCUCGCCCCCAAGGACUGUUUUCUUGGACUUGAGGUUCGACUUGAGAAAGAUGAUCCGCUUACUCAAGAAAGAUGUGUUUCCCUACAUCGAUAAGCCGGUCGUGAUCCUCACCACGUCGCAAGACAGGACAAUUCCACAUCAGCGUGAUCGCCGAUUUGGGAAUCUCACUCAUGAAGCGUUGCAGAGUUUUGCCAGGUUGCUGGAUGAUCGUCUGAUCGAGCGGUGGGUGACAGAGAAUUUAGACGAUUCUACAUUCCACGAUAAGCUCGCUGGGAUUCCGACUGGAUUCUACACGCCCAACUGCGAGAUUGCAGGACAAGCUAAUCAGGAUUGCAGUCAGGAGUGGUGGUCGGUAAUCAAGGCUGGAUGGCUGGUGCCUCUGUCGCAAAGGCCGCUCACUGUGAGCUGCAAUGGCAGGUGUCAUGACGAAGCCGCCGCGGGCCAGUUCACCGACAGGGUCAACGCGCUCAACAACUGCAGACCAGGCGGCUCAUGGGGAGACUUCUCUGAGUUUCGAGGCGAGAUGUUCAGCAAUCAGUUUGCUGUUUGGUGGCAGAAUCACUCUUUCGUCCUUUGCCCUCACGGCGGUGGCCUUGACCCCAGCCCAAGGGCUUUCAUGGCCAUCGCCUCUGGCACUAUCCCAAUCGUGCAGAGUACGCCUGGUCUGGACACGGUCUACUCUCAGCUCCCUGUGGCGUUUGUGCGUGAUUGGGAGCCAGCGUCCAUCUCCGUCGAGAAGCUGCAGCGCUGGCGGGAUGAUCUGGCGCCCCAGUAUGAAGAUCCCGAGCUUGUGGCGAAGGUGAUCGCCAGACUCACAAUGAAGCAUUGGUGGGAGGGACAGUCAAUCGCACAGUCAGGAUGACGAACAAGACGAAGAGGAAGACAAAUAAUAAAAGGAGGAAGGCCGCCGCGCAGACAGCAGUGGGCAUCCAAAGGGCUCCCACGCAGGAGGGUGCCGCGCAGACAGCGGUGGGCAUCCAGAGGGCUCCCACGCAGCACGAGGAGGGUGCCGCUCAGACAGCAGGGGGCAUCCAGAGGGCUCCCACCCAGAAAGAGGGCGACGAGCGAACAGCAGUGGGCAGCGAGCACAUCCCUACGCAGGAAGAGAGCGCCGCGGAGGUAGAAGCGGGCAUCCAGAGGGCAGCGGGGCAGAAGGCAGGCUCCAGGCGGAGAAAGGGGGGCGGCAAGCAGAGAAGCUCACAGGAGACAACCAGGCCGCGCACAGAGCAUGCUGGGAGCGCUGCGCAAGCAGCACCGGGCAGCCCGAGGGUCGCGAGGGAGCUGAUCAAGCGAGGCUCCCGGCAGCAGAGGAAAAGUGGCGGCAAGAGCAUGGAGGAGAUCGCCAGGCGGCGGAAAGAAAUGAGGGUCGCAAAAAGACGGGCAGAUGAGGCGGCUCGCGCACGCGCGCAGGGGACUUGAAGGAGCAGCAGGAGGAGGGCUCCCCGCCGCGCCCCUCGGCAGCGGGCCGCCCGGGAGACGGCGCUGAGCAGCUACAACGUGCCCGCGGCGAGCGCGAGCCUCGGCGGCCGCCCUCGCGCGGGUGCGCCAGGCGGCCGCGGGGCCUCGGGCGGCUCGGGUGCCAGGGCAGGGUGAGGGCAGGGCUCGUUUCGAUUCCCCCGACUCGAUGAAUGUCGAUCGCUGAGGCGGCUUAUCGAUUCGAUUCUGGGCACUCAUGCAUGGACGCAGCCCCGCCCGCCCGCCGUUCGGGGCGGGUGCGGACGAGGCCGGGGACGACGAGUUGGCUUGAGCCUCGGAGGCCUGCGCAGAUCUCUUGGGUCCGCGCAGGCGCCGCCCCAGGUGAAGUCGAACAGACUGUCCCCAUCGCACCUGCGCAAAUCUGCUGAGGAGUCUGCAAGUGACGUGGACGAUGACGGGACACUUGUCGAUC